AUGGGCGCAUCGGAAAGCAAAGUGUCCGUUCUUAACGGGACCGGACAGACGAUUCGUGUUCGUGUCGAUUGCUCGCGAAGCUUCACAAAAUGCCUCGCCAUUGAGACGAGCGCCAAGCUGAAAAGUGCGCAAGGGAGUGUCAAAUGUGAAGAGCAAUACGACGUGUUUCACAUCGUCGACACACAUCCCUCAUUCACCAUUCUUGCUACAGGAGCUGAGACCGUUUUCGAACUUCCCGCUGACGAUAAUGAUUUCGCCUUCCUGACAGUUUGGCGCGAGAAUGCCGACGGUUCGUGGUCAGUCCAAGCCGAGAACCAUCCCAUCAUGACCCUCGGCGCUGUGAUGGUCUCCGACAAUAUUUUCGCCGAACAAGCCAGACAUAUGAAAGACGCUAUUGCCAACAUUGGUCCGAUCAAGGAGGCGAAAGCCGGUCGGAUUGUUGUGUUCAACAACUGCUCCAAGAAGAUUUGGGUACGCGUUGAUGCGGACGGGAUCGAGAAAACGAAGACCACGUACGCCCAAUCGGUUGGCGGCUGCGGCCGAGAGCAUGCAUUGAAGUACUCGACGGAGAGGAAGGUGUACUACCGAGCCGAGCAGGGAAAAGGCUACACCCUUGUAUGCACGAAUGGCGCGACUGUCUUCUAUCUGGACUCGCGGGCGCAGAGGGUUUUCUACCUGUCGAUCGACUUCGAGACACCUUCGGGUAAGUUGGCUACUCACUGCGUCAGCCACGCUCUCCGAUCGUUCGACGCCAAGCAAGUGACGAGUCCCUGGAAAGGCGUGGGCAAUAUGUCACAUCCGGUCAAUGAUUAUCACACCCCUUACGUCUUUGUGAGCGACGAGAACAGCACCGGUGGAGUCAAGUUCGAGUGUCGACUCGAGCAGCCCUUAACGCAACAAGGUGGCCUU